AUGUCAUCUCAAAAUUAUACUCAACAUUCUUUGUCUCAUCGUAUUCAAUUUUUAGUUAAGCAUCCGCAAUUCGUAUGGUUUAUUGGUCAUACAGUUCUUUUAUUAUUUUCUAUUCGUUAUCUUCUUUCUUAUAUCACUUUUUCAUCAGUUCAUCAUCUUUUUUGUUAUCGUACAGCUUUUAUGGGUGCUAUUUUGACUUAUGGUAUUGUGGUUUAUAAAACAUAUGCAAGAAUAUCUAGUCAGGGAAAAAUAGAUUUUAGUAUUUUGAUGCGUAUAUGGAUGGAUGAAAAUGUUCAAUAUCUUUUUCUUGCGAUAAUGUGGUUUGUAUCAAGGCCGAUUGCAGUCAGUUUGAUUCCAUAUACGAUUUUUUCACUUUUUCACUUUCUUACUUAUUUUCGUUCGAAUAUAUUACCUACUUUAAAUCCCAAUGCACUUAAAUCCGAUGAAAAAUCUCUAGAAGCUUCAGUCUGUAGACAUAUUCAGCAUCUUGUUAAAAUUUAUUAUGAAUCAGCUAUGAAACUUGUAUCUAAGGUGGAAGUCAUAUUGAUAGGAACACGUGUCUUAAUUGGGGCAUUUGCGUUUCAAAAUUCAUUUACUAUUCUUAUGUUUUAUGCUUUUUUUAUACGUUAUCGUUAUUUUACAUCAACAUAUACUAGACAAACAUUUUUGUAUAUCACUAUCCAUAUUGAUCAUCUAAUAGCAGACAGCCGGGUCCCUGCAUCAGUACGUAGUAUAUGGAUGACUGUAAAACGGCUGCUCAGAGAUUAUGCUGCAAAACCUAUUAUAAAUAAUUCAUCUCAAGUAUUCAACGGCAAAGAAGCUUUUAAUAAACAACAAUAA